CCAAACAGCUCGGUGGCUGAAAUGCAAAUGUUUCCAAAGCGGUGGUUAGAUUGGUCCAGAAAUUGAUGAUGAUGCCAGUCAUGCCACCAUAAGUGAAUUCCCCAAGACCCCAACAAUACUGUGACCCCUCAAGUGAUCCCCAAGAACCACUUGCUCAGACCAAGCAGGAACCAGAAGCAGCAGCACAGCGAAAGCAGAGGAAGAAGAGCCCCGUGCCCGAGGUGUGUGGGUGGCAAUGGCUGGCGCCUGGGUGAAGUGGAGUGUAAGUAUUCGGUACCGAUGAAGACAUGGAGUCGUGGAUUUGAAAGUGAGUUGGCAUCGGUUGGUGAAGAAAGUCCUAUGAAGAUUCCGAAUGGAUCUUCCUGAUGCCAACCGCCAAGGCGCCAACGCUUGUUGGCACGAAAGCCCUGUGAUGUUGGAGCAGAAGGGAGCCGGGCCAGGAGCAAGAAGCUCCCACGCCAUCACCCUCGUCGGCGACAUGGCCUACGCGUUCGGCGGCGAGUUCACCCCACGCGUGCCGGUGGACAAGACCAUGUACGCCUUCGACCUCAAGAGCCACACCUGGUCGGCGGUCGGCGCCACGGGUGACGUGCCGCCGCCGCGCGUCGGCGUGACCAUGGCGGCCGUCGGCGGCACGGUGUAUAUGUUCGGCGGGCGCGAUCAGGAGCACAAGGAGCUCAACGAGCUCUACUCCUUCGACACGUCGACGGGCACGUGGGCCCUCCUGUCCUCCGGCGCCGACGGCCCGCCGCACCGGAGCUACCACUCCAUGGUGGCUGACGCCGUCGGCGGCCGGGUGUACGUCUUCGGUGGGUGCGGCGACGCCGGCCGCCUGAACGACCUGUGGGGCUACGACGUGGCUGCCGGGCGGUGGGAACGGCUGCCGUCGCCCGGGGAGGCUUGUCGCCCCCGCGGCGGGCCCGGACUGGCCGUUGCCGGCGGGAAGCUGUGGGUGGUGUAUGGCUUCGGCGGGGAGGAGCUCGACGACGUGCACUGCUACGACCCGGCCACAGGACGGUGGUCCGCGGUCGAGACCUCCGGCGACAAGCCGAGCCCGCGGAGCGUGUUCUGCGUCACCGGGAUCGGGAGGCACGUCCUCGUGUUCGGCGGCGAGGUGGACCCCAGCGACCUGGGCCACCUCGGCGCCGGCAAGUUCUCGGCCGAGGCGUUCGCUCUGGACACGGAGACCGGCGCGUGGACACGCCUGGACGACGACGCCGAGGCCGAGCCCGAGCACCACCCGGGGCCUCGCGGGUGGUGCGCGUUCGCAGCAGGGGAGAAGGAGGGGCGACGAGGGCUGCUGGUGUACGGCGGCAACUCGCCGACGAACGACCGGCUCGACGACAUCUACUUCUUCGCGCCUGUCCUUGAGGCCGCACGCUAGGCAUGGGCUGCGUGCUCUCUCCGUGUGUGCAUCCGCAAUGUAUUGCAGUGCAAUCUACAGGCUUGUUGCGAUGGUUGUUGUUUUUUUUUUGUCUGGUUGUUUUUCUUUCGUUCAUUUUCUGUGCUACAUCAUGCUGUGUGAGUAGAGAAUAAUGAUGCUGGACGGAUGUACUUGUGUUUGACCAUCGCUUUGCAUUGCAGCUGUAGUAGUGUCAUGUUUGUCUUUGGAUCAAGUUCUAGCUUGGCAUAAGAGUUAAGGAUCAAUUGGGCACCCAA